AUGGUUUCCAUGCAGAUAGCCGAACGUUAUGAGGCUUGGCCUCAUCAAGUUGAAGCACUGGAAAGGGCAGUGAGGGAGAACAUCAUUUUGAACCUCCCAACUGGCACUGGAAAAACGUUGGUUGCGUGCAUGCUGCUGGAUUGGUUCAAAGCGCCCGGCUAUGUGAGUGUAUUCGUGGUAAAUAGCCGGGCUUUGGUCACCCAGCAAGCGGAGUAUCUCAAGAAGCAUUCCUUGAACCAGCUCGCCGUUGGAGACCUUGGCCCUCCACAUCCAGACGUGGUGGUGGCGACGGGCGAGGUGGUUCGAUCUGCAUUGGAGUCUGGCCAACUGCAGGCCCAGCAGCUGGCUUGUGUGGUGCUGGAUGAAGUGCACUACGCUGUGGGGAAGCAUCCCUACGCGGAGAUCAUGGCUCUCUUGUGCCACUUCGGCGCAUCGCCCCGGUUGCUAGGGCUCACCGCCAGCUUCUUUCACGGCAGGGCCAAGACAGGCUGUGAGCGAAGGCUUGAGGCCUUGGAGGAGCUUUUGAGUGCCAAAGUCCACUGCCCAGAGGUGCAAGGAGGUCCUUCGACAUCGGCUUGCUUCUUCUCUGUGCCCUGGUCUGCCAAAAGCUUCGGACUUCAAGAGAUGGCUGCACUGGAAGAGAAAUUUAGCCGAGCCCUUGUGAAUCUUGAGAUGGGAUGCGCUCUGGCAAGUCCUUACGCAGCAAGCAAUGUCACCUGCACAGCCUGCACCGCUGCAAAGAGCGCGGUCCGGAGCACGUUUGGUGCCGAAAACUGGGAGUUCCAGAAAGUCCUGGAGAGCGAAACACCUCGUCUCAGGGGUGUCCUAGAAGCCAUAGGCCCGGCAGGGUGGUAUGGCUUUGUGUGCUAUGCCCUUCCAGAAGUGAUGAUGGCCAAGCUUCAAAGCAAGCUUGCCAUUAUGGAAGAUGAGGUGGUGAAGUCCAACUUGCUGAAUGCCAUUGCACUGGUGAGACCCUUCCAACUUGCGCUGAUGCAAGGUGAAUCGGUCAAAGAACUUCAGCAAAUGGAGGCGGAACAAGCCGAGCAGCACAUCACUGGGAAGUGUCAGACGUUGUUAACUCUGCUUGAGCAACUCCUUCGAGAUGGGGAGGACAAGAUUCUGGUCUUUGUGGAACGAGUUUCUGUGGCUUGCUGUAUGGCACGACUCAUAUCUUCUCGUUUAGGCGUGCUGGCCUUGCAUGUGGCGGGAGUCCAAGGAAUGGAUGGGCCCACUCGGCAGUCCAAUCUGGCUUCAUUCCGAGGUGAGACUCAGUUGUUGGUUGCCACAUCCUCUCUGGAGGAGGGUUUGGAUGUGCCCAUGUGUCGCUACGUGAUCCGCUACGAUUCCUUCAACAGCGCCAAGAGUCAUGUGCAGGGGGCGGGUCGUGCAAGGCAUCCAGAUGCACGGGUGUACUACUUCGAAAAUGAUCCGUUGGUCGAGGAAGGCUCACGGGAGUUCUUGGAAUCAAUCGCGCGGCGUGAGUGUGUAGAACCUAAAGACCUUCCGGCCGAUGCCAAAGUCGCCGUCUCGCAUCGAAACGAGGAAUCACCCGGUGUGGGUGUCGGCCACAAGUGGAGCAUUGAAUCCACUCUGUGGGACUACCAAAGCAACAAAUCCUUUCGCGGAAUGACCUGCCCCUGUGGAGCCCGAAUGAAAAUCACCAGCCGGGCCUAUGGUCAGGGCCGCAAGAAGAAAGAGCGGAGCUUCUGUGUGGAAGGUCCACGCAGUUGUCCGACGUACACUGAGGAGUUAGAUGCUCGUUUCCAAGGUGUUGAUCCAACCACUGGAAUUCUGCGGUGA